AUGUGGAUAAUUAAAGAACAUGUCGUAACGAUAGUCAAUGUUCUUAAGGAGGAACCUUUUAAACCAUCGGAAUCAUGCGAAAUAAUAAUUCGACAAAGAUAUGACAAAACGAUAAGGAAAUAUGCAUUGUGCUAUUACGGCCUUGUGCAGGUAACGGUCAUAUGCAUAAUUUUAAAUGCUAUUUUCAUGGAUUUUAUGAAAGGAAAUUUGACAUUCAAAGCAUGGGUGCCAUUUGACUGCACAUCACCCAUUAUAUUUUUUUUCGUAUUCACUCACCAAAUAAUAGGUAUGUCAAUCUGUGCGACUGUAAACGUUGCCUGUGAUAGCCUAAUAUCCGGACUCCUGCAAGAGAUUUGCUGUCAGCUUGAGAUUCUGGAAUAUCGAUUGAAAAUCUCAUACGACCAACAUAGUCUCUGCAACUGUAUUCGUUACCAUGGUCGUAUAUAUGAAUAUGCGCAUAUGGUAAAUCGUAGAUUUGCGAAGAUAAUUGCUCUUCAGUUUGCAGUAAGCAUGUUAGUGGUGUGUGCUAAUUUAUACAAAUUGGCUUCUAUUUCUAUCGUAAUGAUCAAUGGAAGCCUUGUUACAUUAAUAAUGUAUACGGCCUGCAUGUUAUCACAGAUCUUCCUUUAUUGCUGGUUUGGAAAUGAACUCAAAUUAAAGAGCAUUGGAGUAGCAAACAGCAUAUACAACAUGAAGUGGCAUGUGUUUGAUAACAAGAAUAAAAAAGCUUUGCUGCUAAUCAUGAGACGCUCAAUGGUUCCUAUUGAAUUUAAUAGCGCGGUUAUUAUCACAUUGAAUCUUGAUUCAUUUGUGUCUUUACUUAAAUCAUCGUAUUCAGCUUACAACUUAUUAAAGCACUCUCUACAGGAUUAA